CUCCUGGCUAGUGCUGUCUCAGCAGGAGUGGGCCUCGGGGCCUCAGAAGCAGGCUUUUAUCUGGUCCGAGGCACCUAGCCGUUCAGCGCGUCUUCCCAUAACCGGAUACCGAUAAUUGGAACUCUCGGCUGCAGACCCAGGAGUCACAGAUGCUGGGAAGUAUGGCCCGAAAGAAACCUCGAAAUAACACACGGUUGCCCCUGGCUUUAAACCCCUUGAAGAGCAAGGACGUGUUGGCAGUGCUGGCUGAGAGGAACCAGGCUAUAGUACCCGUUGGGGCAUGGGUGGAACCUGCCUCACCAGAUAGUUCGGAAAUCCCAGCAUAUACAUCAGCAUAUUUGAUUGAGGAAGAACUAAAGGAACAGCUAAGAAAAAAACAAGAAGCUUUGAAACAUUUUCAGAAACAAGUUAAAUACCGAGUAAAUCAACAAAUUAGAUUGAGAAAAAAGCAGGAGCUUCAGAAGUCGUAUGAAAGAGCAGAAAAAGAAGGCUCCAUAGCCAUGCAGUCUUCACCAGCAUACUUAACUUUCAAAAGGACAGGUGUUUUUCCAAAGAAUUUAAAUGCCGUUAUUGGAAGUUCUAGGUUAUCUCCUUCCCUGAUGCUUGGGGAGGGAACAGAUGAUGAAGAGAAUCAGAAUGAAUUAUUCCAACAACAAGCCCAGGCUCUUAGUCAAACUAUGAAACAGGCACGUCAUCAGCUAGCAUCCUUUAAAACUGUGAGUAAAAAAAAGGGAUCAGUGUUUCCAGAUGAUGGAAGGAAAAGCUUUCCCACCCAGGAGACAGUGCUUUCUAAGAAACCAGCAUCCCCUGGGAUAAAUAUAGGAAUAAGAGGAGAAUUGCCCAUUAAGGUCCAUCGAGGUCUUUUAGCUGCUGUACCUUACCAGAAUUAUAUGGAAAAUCAGGAACUUGACUGUGAAGAACCUGACUAUGUGGAAGCUUCAUCUAUUAUAACUGAUGAGAAAGGGAAAGAAAAUUUGUUUGGGAGAGACCACCAGGACCAGCAGGAUAUCCUUUCUGAAGAUAAGAACAAACCUUUCAGAGUUCAGAAAGUAAAAUUCAAAACUCCAUUAUUCAUUGUGAUGGAAGAGGAGGAGCAAAAGCAGUUACAUUUUGAGGGCCUUCAGGAUAUUCUACCAGAAGCCCAGGAUGAUUUUCCAGAAGCCGAAGAUGAUUUGCUGGAAACCCAGGGUGAUUUGAAAGGAAUCCAGAGCAUUGAGCCAGAUACCCAGGCUGUUGAGCUGAACGUUCAAGUUACUGAGCCAGAAGGCCAGGCCGUUGAACCGGAAGGCCAGCCUGUUAAGAUAGAAACUCGUGGUAUUAGGCUGAAACCCCAGAGUAUUGAGCUAGAAGAAGGAAGUAUUGUUUUGGAAACUCAGGAUUUUCUACCCCCAAAUCAGCUUUUUCUGUCUGAAAACCAGGAUGUCUUACUCAAAGGCCACUGUGUUCUCCCUAAAGACCAGAAUAUUCUACUCAAAUAUCAGGUCCAGGACUUCCUACCCAGAGACCAGCAUGUUCUCCCCAAAGACCAAGAUAUUCUGCCAAAAUAUCAGGACCAGGAUUUUGAACCUAAAAACCAGGAUUUUUUAUCUAGAGACCAGCAUGUUCUCCUCAAAGACCGGAAUAUUCUACCCAAAUGUCAGGACCAAGAUUUUCUACCAAAAUAUCAGAAAGUACAUUUUAAGGAGUCAUACUCUGAUAUGACAGAGAAAAAGGGAGUGAAGACUUUUCUUCUGGCAGAUUAUCGGUGUCUGCCUCCCAAAUCCCAGGACCAGGAUAACAUCAGAAACCAGAACAAGCAUAUCAAACCACCCUCAUCUUUUGAGAAAUGGAAGAUUGCAAGAAGAAAUACUUCUGGAGUGCCAUUGACUUAUUAUCAAUCAGGAUCGAGCACUGAAUUCCAGUCAUCACUGGCAUGUCAGUCUGGCAUAGAUAAAGAAGAAGAUAAGAAAGAGCGUCAAAAGCAGUACCUGAGACAUAGACGACUUUUCAUGGAUAUUGAGAGAGAACAAGUAAAAGAACAACAAAGGCAAAAAGUACAAAAGAUGAAAAUUGAAAAGCCAUACUGGAGCAGAUGAAGCAGUGAGGAAAUAGAGACGGAAUAUCUACUGACUCUUGAAAUUUUUGUGAAGAGAGGAAUAUCUGUGAGGGAGAGGAGUAGCUGCCACGAGAAGGGUGAGCUGAUUCCAUCAUUUCUAGUAACCAUUCUGUUACUAAGCUCUAAGGUGUUGACAUUUGAAAAACAAUGCUGACAUGUUCCCUUAGCCCUUAGUUUACUGGUAUAGAGAAUAAUUAGUAUAGAUAAUUAUACCAGUAACUAAUCUUUUCUGUCAUUAUUGACUUGGCUCCGUUUAAAUUUCAUCAUGGAAAACUUCAAUUUGAUUCAUUAUUUACAGGAAAAUCUUUUACCAUUUGCUUUUUUCACAAGUGGGAGUUAUUGAACUUAACAAAUAUGUCUUCAAAAUGGUUACUUUUCUUUGCUGGCUCUCGUUGAAAUAAGAUCUCUAUAUAUGCAGAUUCCUAGCCAAGAGCACCUGUGAUCUUAGGCUUUUUUAACUUUUGUACUCUUAAUAGUUUUCUUUCAUUCUCUAACUCAUUUCACACAUGAUCUUUUAAGCGAGUAAGAUGACAUAUAUUUUAAAGUCAAAUGUGACAUGUAUAUAUGCCUUUUUUUUUGUAUUACCUUCCUCUCAUUCCUGGUACACUGAUUUAUAUGCCUUUAAAUCUUUAUCUUCACUAGUAUAAAAACAUCUUCCUUUGCCGAAGCUGCAAUAAUAUUUUUCUCUUCUCCCGCAUUAAAACUUUAUAUUGCAUUUGAGUUUGAAUCAUACCAUAAAAAUGAUGUCUAUGUUCUGUACUCUUUGAGGAAUACUCAGUUUAGAUUUACAGUUGUAGCUCAGGAAAGACUGGCAAAUAUGGGAGAGUAGCCGUAAGAAAAUCUUUGUUUAAAGUGGCCUUGUCACUUUACUAGAGAUGGCCUAUGAUUAGCUGUCAGAAUCUGGACAGACUUGGUUUCACAAAUACUACCUCUUGUCUGUGAUCUUUCAGCCUUUGUAGGAUGCCUUCCUGGUUUUUAACCUAUACCUGUGUUAGUGUAACAAAAUGGAAGGCUGUAAUUCCCCUGGAGUCGAUAGGCUGGCACAAAUGGAUAGAAGCCCAGAAUUUUCACUAGUGCAUGCUUUAUUGAAGAGGUGUGAGUAUGAACUGGUCUCAUACUACUGUUCAGAAAACAUUAGCUCAUUUGUCUCAAAGUAAUUUUUAGCAAUUGGCCUCAUUAGCAUAUGUUUACAGGUUCUAGUCUUGAGUCAGUCAUACAUCUUAACAAAAGUUCUUUGUAUACUUUUUUGAUGCUUUUCUCACUGAGCUGCUUUUUUUCCUCUCUACCUGUUAACAGGGAUUUUUAAAUAGGUAUACUUGAUGUAUAAUAAACUGUACAUAUUUAAAGGAUUUGAUGUUUUGAUAUAUAUAUACACACACAUGAAACAACCACUGUAGUCAAGAUAGUAAACAUAUCCAUCAUCCCCAGAAGUUUCUUCAUCUCCCUUAGAAGUCCCUCAUUUUCUCCCCCUCCUUGCCACCUCCUCCCCACAAAACUGCUAACUGCUGGUCUGCUUUCUGCUUUCACUAUAGAUUAGUUUGCAUUGCCUAGCGUCUUAUAUAAAGAGAAUCAUAUAAUAUGUACUCUUUUGUGUCCAGCCCCUUUUACUCAGCUGCAUGACUUUGAGAUUCAUCCUUGGUGUGUAUCAAAAAUUCAUUCUUUUUUGUUGCAGAAUAGUAUUCUAUUGUAUGGAUGUAUGAGAAUUUUUUUAUCCAUUUAUAGAUUGGUAGAUAUUUGGGUACUUUCCAGUUUUGGGCUAUUAUAAAUAAACUUGCAAUGAGGUUACUGUACAAAUCUUUGUAUGGACAUAUAUUACCUUUUCUCUUAGGUAAAUACCUGGGAAUGGAAUGGCUGAAUCAUAUGCUAGGUAUACAUUUCAUUUUUUAAAGAAACUCUCAAACUGUUUUUCAAAGUGGUUAUACCAUUUUAUAUUACCACUAGCAGUGUACAAGGGUUCAAUUUCCUUUACAUCCUCACCAACACUUGAUAGUCUUUUCAUUUCAUCCAUUUGAAUAGGUGUGUACGUAGUGAUAUUUCAUUGUGGUUUUAGUUUACACUUCCUGAAUUACUCAUAAUAUUGAGCUUCUUUUCAUGUGUUUGCUGUCUGUGUGUCAAUUUUGGUGGUCUCUUCAAACCAAAUUUUUAAAUUGGGUUAUCUUAUUGUUGAGUUUUGAGUGUUCUCUAAUAUAAUCUAGAUGUAAGUUUCUUGUCAGAUACUGGCUUUGCAAAGAUUUUUUCUAAGUCUGUAACUUGUCCUUUCAUCUUAACAUUGUCUUUUAAAGAGAAGUUAAAAAUUUUUUUUUUGAGACAGAGUUUCACUCUUGUCACCCAGGUUGGAAGGCAAUGGCACAAUCUCAGCUCACUGCAACCAUCGCCUCCUGGGUUCAAGCAGCCCCCCGAGUAGCUGGGGUUACAGGUUCGUACCACCAUGCCCGGCUAAUUUUUGUAUUUUUAGUAGAGAUAGGGUUUCACCAUGUUUUCCAGCCUGGUCUCAAACUCCUGACCUGGCCAGAAGUGUUAAAUUUUGAUGAAUUUCUGUUUUUCAGUUUGUUCUUUUAUGGAGUGUGCUUUUGAUGUCUUACUUAGUAAGUCUUUGCCUAACCCAAGGUCACAAAGAUUUCCUUCUGUUUUCUUCUAGAAAAAUUAUAAUUUUUUAAGAUUUACAUUUACUCUGUGAUCCAGUUUGGGUUAAUUGUCGUGUAUGGUGCAAGGCUUAGUUUUUUUGAACGUGGAUACCCAUUUGUUGAAAAGGCUGUAUACUUCAUUGCAUCACCUUUGUAUGUUUGUCACAAAUCAGUUGUCCAACAAACAGUAAAAGAAGAUUGAUAAGUUGGAUGUCAUCAUAAUUAAAAACUAUGAAGAAAGUGGAAAGACAGCUACAGAAUGGGAGAAAAUAUUUAUAAAUCAUAUUCAAUAAGGGACUUGUAUCCCAAAUAUAUAAAUAACUCUUACAACGCAAUAAUAAAAAGACAAUCCAAUUAGAAAGUGGACAAGGAUUUAAAUUAACAUUUCUCCCAGGAAAAUAUGCAAGUGGCUAAUAAGCACAUGAGAGAUGCUCAAAUCAUAGUUAUUGGGAAAUACAAAUCAAAACCAUGAACUGCCAGCUCACACUCACUAGAUUGGCUAUAAUUUAAAAAAAAAGACAGAUAAAAACAAGUGUUGGUGAGUAUGUGUAGAAAUUAGAAUCCCCAUAUGUUCCUGGUGAGGAAUGUAAAAUGGUACAGACACUUUGGAAACUUGCACCCCAAAUAUCCAAUAGCUGAUGAAUGGAAAAAUAAUACAUGGCAUAUCCGUACAAAGGAAUAUUGGCAAUAAAAAUGAAAGAAGUAUAGCUAUAAUGUGGAUAGACUUUGAAACUCUUAUGCCAAAUGAAAAGCCAAUCCCAAACGACCACAUAUUGUGUGAUCCCAUUUAUAUAAAAUGUCUAAACUAGGAAAAUCUAUCGAGAUGGAAAAAUUAGUGGUUGCUAGAGCUGGAGGUGAGAGGGUGAGAGUGACUGCUACUAAGUGUAAGGUUUCUUUAUGGCAUGAUGAAAAUGUUCUCAAAUCACAUUAUGGUGAUUGGGAACUUUAUGAUAUGAAAAUUAUAUCUCAAUAAAAUUGAAAAUGAGUCAUCUAUAUAAAUGCAUGUUUAUAUAUACAUGUAUGCAUUCACCUCUACAUAUGCAUUUGUUUCCAACUUUCUCUUCUUCCAUUGAUAUAUUUAUCUAUGUUAAUACUAUGAGGUUCUGAUUAGUCCAGUUCUGUAAUAAAGCUUGAAAUCGGAUAGUUUUAGCCCUCUACUUUUUGUUUUCAGAGUUCUCUUGACUAUUCUGUUCUAGGCCCUUUGCAUUUUUGUCUGAAUUCAAAAAUUAGGGUUUCAGUUUCUAUAAAUAGCAUUUUUAGAUUUUGAUUGGGGUUAUGUUCAAUCUAGAGAUAAUUUGGGAAAAUUCAGAAUUGAAAUCUUAGCAAUAUUGAGUCUUCCUACCCAUGAACAUUUAUAUAGCUCUUCUUUAAUUUUUCUCAGCAGUAUUUUAUACUUUUCAGUGCAGGGGUCAUUCAUGUUUUUUGUCAAAUCUGUCUCCAAGUAUUUUCUAUUUUCAGUGCUAUUAUAGUGCUGUUUUUUUUAAGUUUCUGUUUCUGAUUGUUGUUAACGUAUAGAAAUGCAGUUGAUUUUUGGAUGUGGAUCCUGUUCCCUGCAACCUUACAUAGACUAAUUUAUUAAUUCCACUGGGUUUUUUACUUGGUGAUCAUGUUGUCUUCAAAUAAACACUGCUGUACUUCUUUUUUUAAAUCUGGAUGUCUUUUAUUUCUUUUUCUUUCCAGAUUGCACUGGCUAAGAAUCUCCAGCACAAUGUUGAAGGGAAGUGAUGAGAAUGGAUAAUUCCUGAUCUUAGAAAGCAUUUAGUUGUUUCUCUUCCUAGCUCCUUGAGAAUUUUUAUUAGGAAUGGAUAGUAAAUUUAAUCAUAUUCUUUUUCUGUCAUAUAUAUAUAUAUGACAGAAAAAGAAUAUGAC